GGGAUGUCCGCGCAACCGGAUAGCGAUGGGCUCAACUUAGCCAAUAUUCUGGGAGACACCGAAGCGUUCGAAAAAGCUCAAACAGCCGCUCAAGAUACUCCCAGCGAUGACGAGGAUUCAGAAAAAAUAGCCCAGGAAGGGUUCUGCAUCGAAUGCGAGGAUCAACCUGCUCUACUAUACUGUGAGGCUUGUGCAGACGCUUUCUGCGAAGUAUGCUUCGCUGCACAACAUCGCAAAGGAUCCCGGAAAACGCAUUUGGCUCGGACAUUGAGUGGCACCAAAUCCAUCUCCGCGCAAGCGGCUGGUAGCGCGGCUGGCCGAGGCCCCCUACGGAACGGAGCUGCACACAACGACGACGAUAUGGAGAUGGAUGAUGAGCGCACAGCUCUGCCGACGCCCCACGACAUUCCCCCUCAUGCACUCGGAGCUCAACCUGAGGUUGGAUCGAAGGUCGGCGAGUGGUUCGUUGAGCGCUCCAAAUUCAUACCAGUGCGCUUGACAUUGAGCGAGCGCAAGUAUCUUCGCUUGCUUGAGGCGGCCCUCCUCGUCUCUGAAUACACGGAUAAAAUCGAUACACUCGGGUUCGGUUUGUCGAAAGCGAAGCGAAUAGUUCAUCAGAUCCGGGAGUUAUGCGCUAUAUUGUCCGGGUUGGUCGUCGCAGCAGACUACAAGCAAGGACAGGAUCUUUUCUCAGAUCGCGACUUCGAAGCAAAUUCCGAGUUCUAUCAAGACAUCUUCGAGUUAGGUCGGAGGCAUAAGAUCAUGAACCCAGACAAAAUGCGGACAACAUACGGGAAGCUAAUAUAUAUGCUUCAAGACAGUCAAAGUACCGAUGUCAAGAACCUCCUUAACUUUUCAUGCGUUCGCCCUAUCAAAACGGUUUAUUCGGUCUUAGAAGAACACGGAGCGAUAGACCUUCUCAAGGAUGACCUUAUAUCUGUUGCUACACAGGAAAUCUACUCUGAAGGCCGCUCCCGUCGCGACAUUCAGAAGGACAUCAAGGCAAAGGAGCGUGCCAUCGAAACCCUUGUUUCUCGCUACGAGCGCAAGGAAUUAAGUCAAGAGAACCUUCGCCAAUGUAUCUAUAGCAUUGGUGAUAAUCAUUCUUUCCUGCGAACGAACCGGGACCCGUGCGAUAUCAUGAUCGCAUACCUCAAGAAGUACUUCCACCCUACUCAGGCCAACGAUAACAAGACCAGUUUGGCAAUCAAGAGCGGCAAAGGAGGCGCACGCCUCUCCCACGAUCAUAGCAAGCAAUAUGCAUAUGUCCUCCAGAGUCUCACGCUUUGGCGCGAAAUUCUUCACGAAAUGUUUCAUCUCUGGUCGCUUGCGGAGCAGGAUCUAUUAUCGGAGAGCAUAUCCUACCGUCUUCGUGACACUGGGCAGGGCCUUAAUCGCAUCCAAGCUGCACCCAAGACUUCGCGAAUGAUGCACGUCAUUCUCAAUCGUGCGCAGCGGAGUAUCGGUAGCUGGGUGGGCAGCUCGGUCAUUCACAUGGGUGAUCACAAUGUUCCGAAUGCUCUUAUGUUCAUUGACAAAUAUUCCCAAAUAUACCGCAUCUUACUGCCAAUAUGCAAUACACUAUCCAAGAUAUCCGAUCUUGCUAAGAUUCCAGCACUGCAGUCUUAUCUGGAAGAUGAGUUUGGGUCGGUCGAGAACGCAACGUUAGCUAUUCUCGGUGACUUCUUCCGCCAUGGCUUUGAUGGAUCGGGCGCAGACAACUUUUUCGACGCGGGAUCAUGUAUCGAUGGCCGCCUAACCAGUGCCUGGAAUUGGUGCUCCACAAUAGAAAAGAAGCGAUACUUUCCGAUAUUUCUGCUCACUGGAUUCCAUGGCUUCGAUGGAGAUUGGUGAACAUCUCGCACAUGUACCACUAGAUUACAUUGCUAUCUGUCUCUCUCUUGGAAACACGGAUAAGCUGUACCUUUCCAUGUCCCAGGUCUCUUUCCACUUGCCAUCCCCGUUUCGUCAACCAUAUCCACAUUUCC